ACCCAAAAAAAUCGCAUAACGUUACAAUAAUUCAACAAAUAUUAAAAACAAAAGAAGAAAUUCAGAGAAUAAAUACGAAGAAACUUUGAACUGCUCGAAGCUUAAACAAAAGACGAGACGAGACGAGAGAAGAAGGGAAGGAAGAUUCAUCAAUGGAGCGUCCUCAUGAAAGAUCGAAACGCCUCCAUAACUUCACCUUACCUUAUCUCCGUUGGGGUCAACAGAGAUUCCUCAGAUGCGUCAAUCUACCUAAUUCACAUCAUCUUCCUUCUUCUUCUUCGUCUCCUUCUCCAGAUCACCCAUCCCACAGAUCCGUCGUGGCGGCGGCGGCUCGGCCGUGGAAUCUGAGGACGAGAAGAGCUGCGUGUGGUGAACCUGGAGACGAAUCUCCGGCGAAGAUCGAAAUCGGCGUGAAGAGAGGUGUGGAUGGAGAAGAAAUGGACAAGGAUGAGAAACUGAAAUUCUCUGUUUCGUUGUUGAAGAAAGAGAUCGAAGAGGAUUUUUCGAACAUGAUUGGGAAAAGACUUCCAAGGAGACCUAAGAAGAGACCCAGAACUGUUCAGAAGAAACUGAAUACGAUUUUUCCUGGAUUGUGGUUGUCAGAAGAAGUAACGAUAGAUUCAUAUGACGUCCCUGAAGCUCUUGAAACGUGAUAAAAGGUUGUUAACUUCUUUUGUUCUAUCUGUUCUUGAGUCAUUCUCAAGUUUAAUUGCUGUUGAAGGAAAAUGUAGCAAUGUCUCGGCUCGUGAAGAAACCCAAAUUCUGGUUUCUUUUAUUCAUAACGUUUUAGUUAAGAAGAUUGUAGUAAUGAUGAUAUUCAUCACCAGCCUAAUUGUAAUCUCCUGCUGUUUGUUUGAUUUUAUUUUAGUAAAUUCAAUUGCUUCAGUGUAAC